AUGAACUCUCGUGACGCCGACGAGAAGGCUUCCGGCCUCAUAGAUGGGGCGCGGGGUCUUGAUCGACCGGAAGCUGGGGAGAUGACCACCGCGAACGAACUUGAGGAACUUGACCGUCUGGGCUACAAACAAGAGAUGCGGCGUAACCGAUCUGUCAUCACACUUCUAUUCCAGACCUUGGCUAUUGCAGCAAUUCCAUAUGGAGAAGGCGCUCCUCUCUUGAGUGCCAUCUAUGGUGGCGGCCCACUUUCCAUCUUUGUCGGAUGGAUUGUGGUCUGCAUUCUCGACCAAUGUGUUGCAAUGUCGCUGGCAGAGCUGGCGUCGCGCUAUCCUACAUCGGCGGGCCCGUAUUAUUGGACGUUCCAGCUCGCGGGCUCCAAGUCGAAGUCAACCAUCUCUUUUAUCAAUGCCUGGGUCUGGCUUAUUGGCAAUUGGACCAUCACUCUCUCGGUGAAUUUUGGGUUCGCAUCUUUGCUCUCCGCCACGAUCGCCAUAUACCACCCAGAUUGGAGCGCCAACAGCUGGCAGUUACUCCUUAUCUUUUACGCAGUAUGUCUCGGCUCUUUGGUGAUAUGUACCUUCGCCAAUCGUUAUCUACCCCAAGUCGAUAUAGCUUGCGCUACCUGGACCGCUCUGACCAUUAUCGUGGUUUUGGUUUGCUUAUCGGUGAAGGCAGAUGCGGGUCGCCAUAGUGCCGCAUAUGCGCUGGGCCACUAUGACAAGUCUUUUGCGGGCUGGGGCAGCUUCACCUUUUUCAUCGGACUCCUCCCUGUUGCAUAUACAUUCAGUGCGAUUGGAAUGAUUUCGAGCAUGGCUGAAGAGUGCUCGUCUCCUGCGACCAAAGUACCCCGUGCGAUUGCACUAAGCGUCCCGGUGGGAGGCAUAGCAGGGCUGUUCUUUAUACUGCCGCUAUGCUUUACCUUGCCACCUAUGGAAGAUAUUAUCAAUAAUUCUCCUGGUGCUCAGGCCCUGCCCUAUAUCUUCCAUCGUGUGAUGGGUUCUCCAGGGGGCGGGUUGGGCCUAACCUUUCUCGUCCUAAUCAUUACCCUGUUCUGCUCCAUUAGCAUUACUGUUGCAGCAUCUCGCGCAACCUGGGCUGCAGCACGCGACGAUGCCAUUCCGCUUGCUCGGGUAUGGGCGCGUGUGGAUUCCCGUCUUGGUGUACCAGUCUGGGCCCUUGUGCUACUGACAGUGAUCCAGAUGCUUCUUGGUCUGAUAAACCUAGGAAGCUCAAGUGCUUUCACUGCCUUCGUAUCCGUCGGUGUCAUCGCCUUGGCUGUUGCCUACGCAUUUCCCAUUGUGCUGAGUCUUUUGAACAAGCGUCAGCAAGUCAGCCAAGCGCCAUGGAAUUGUGGAAAACUGGGUGUGGGUUUUAAUGUAUUGGCGCUUGCAUGGAUUGCCUUUGAGCUUGUUCUCUUCAGCAUGCCAACGGCCCUUCCUGUCACACCAGUGUCGAUGAACUAUGCAUCGGUAGUUUUUGUUGGAUUCAUGGUCAUAUCAGCCCUGUGGUUCAUGAUAUAUGCUCGGAAACGUGAGUAUUUCCCUUUGGAUGGGUAUUACUUCCAGAAUCAUACUGAUGGCUUUGCAGACUACAAAGGGCCGCCGGAGUCGGAAGCUCUUGAUUAG